AGUUUAGGAGCUUAUAAAAAGCAUGCAAUUUGAAAAAGCUCUCAGUUGGGACGCAGUAAUUAAAAUGGGCGGGCCAAAGUCUUCCUGCUCCGUUCCAUUCUGAUGAGUCCAUUUGCGACAGAUAGACCUAAUAACGUCUUUGUUCUCCUCGUCUGAGCUGGUAUCUGGCUCAAAAUUGUACAGCUGGAUAGCAACAAUAUUGCUCACUAUUUUAGCAACACCCAAAACAUUAGUGGGAGUGGGGUUUCUCCAUGACAACAGUCCCACCUUCGGGCGAAUUUCCGAUGAACUACUACUACUCUGAAGAAACUAUGUUCUAGAAAGCAACACAGUUUUUUUUAUUUUUGGCUAGAAACGACAUAAUCAUAAUUAAAAGACCGCUGGAAGUGCUUUUACAAAAGAUGAUUGGAGCGGAUCUUUAUUUGCAAGAUGAAACAUGCAUAGAUUUAGGGUGUACACAAACCCUUUUUGCUAAGUUAUCUGCAAAAUCUGUCAUAGGGAAGUACUUGUGGCUUGUCUCCUUGCGUACCCACAGUUCAGAGAGCAUGACAGGAAAAGAAAAAGACUUCCUCAUUUAGUGCCUGGAACCAGGAAAUCUGUCUCCGAGUUAAACCAACACAUUCCAAAUAGGGCCAAGGUUUAAGUUGAAGUUCUAAAAUAAUACAAUGGAAAUCCAUGAUCUCACAGCAAAAUAACAACAAACGUGUUUCACAAAGUUCACAAUGAAGUGUGACCCAUUUAAAUUCAGGAAGGAGGCUACUUCCUGUUUUCACAGUUUCAAAGGGCAUGGUUGUGGUUUCAUUUUUACUUUCUGUUUUUAGCAGUCAGCCACAGCAGUUUCAGCCACUUCACAAAGCAAAGACAGCGGUUAUCCAAACAUCGAAUCAGUUAACAGCCACAACAUUGGUCAGAACUUGUACAUUAACCUUACUGAGAUGGCGGUUGAGAAGAGAAAAGGCUCUUGUGGGUUCAAGGUGAUGGGACUACUGAACCCUAAAGCUUUUGAUAAUGAACACUUAGAAAAAUGGGAGUUAAUUGGCAUUGGGGGAUUUGGUCACGUUUUCAAAGUCAAACAUAAAAAAAUGGGGCAUGAUGUGGCCAUUAAGCUGCUUGAUUCUUCUGAUUGCCUUGACAUGGAAGGGGCACUGUUUAAGGAGGCCAAGUAUCUUGAAACAUCAUCAUCCGACUAUGUCCUGAGGAUCUACGGAAUUUAUGAAGGAAUCCCCCCUUUCUCUAAAGCAAAGUUACAAACCAAGGGGAUAGUCACAGAGUUCAUGCGAAGAGGAUCUAUUGAGACCCUACAGAAGCAACUGAAUUGCACUCCACCAGUGCCUCUAGCCUUUCGUUUGGCUCAUGAAGUGGCUUUAGGAAUAAACUUCCUCCAUUCGAUGGGUAUUUUACACCGUGAUCUAAAGCCAAGCAAUGUAAUGCUGAGUGAAAGCCUUAAUGUAAAGCUGGCAGACUUUGGUCUGAGCACACAGUCUACCAGUGCCAACACCAGCAAUGAAGAAAAAGCAGCACAUGGAGGCUCACUCAAGUACAUGCCACCUGAAGCUUUUGAAGCAAACUAUACACCUUCACGUUCCUAUGACAUUUACAGCUUUGGAAUCCUUGUGUGGUCCAUCUUUACUGGAGAACAACCUUAUAAAGAUGCCUUGGAAUUUGUGGUGAAGAUGAAAGUACCCGAGGGCCAAAGACCUCCCCUUGAUCAACUGUUUGUGGAAAAUAAAGAACAGUUGGAGGAGCUGAAAACCUUCAUCUGCCAGUGCUGGGAAGGGGAGCCAUCAAAGAGGCCAACAACUAAAAAAUGCAUUGGAGUCACUGAAAAAAUGUAUUCAAUACACAAGAAUGGGAUUAAUCAUGCUGUCUAUCAAGUCUUUGAAAAACUGGACUCAGUAAAGUCUGAACCUCCUGAAGCAAGCGUGGAACCCAGUUUAGCUGAAGCAACAGGUAAUGGGGAGAAUGGUGUAGAUCGCCCUGGGUUUACAACACAGCUAUCUGUAGCUGAUGGCAGAAAAAAUGUGGAUCACAAAGCAAACUUUGUUGACAGGAACAGAGCAAGUUUGAUCAAAUCCACCACCAAGGUGAUGGAAAUAGUUGAAGAGCUUGGAGACAUGGUUCAGCCAGAAGCCUGUUCAUUCAUCAAAGUACAAAAAACGAGCCACAUGCAGAUGACAGAGCUGUACAGCGGACCAUUACAUUCAGGAGGGAAACAGGUUAAAGCAGCAUUUUAUGACGCCCUCAAAAAGCAUGAGCCACAACUGGUUAAAGAACUUGGUACGAUUUUCCGUGUUUGUCCCAUUUACCUGUUUGUCUUUUACAAGUCAUUCAAGGUAUUAAUUGUGCUUUCUCUUUCUCAGGUAACAGUUUUAACUGAUGAAAAUUGUUUUAUUUUUCAUGAACUAAAGUUGCAGAGCUUCUCCAAGAUGUUCCUUUUACUUUUAACUACUGUGGAUCAUCUUUAAUAAGUAUUUUUGUGUUCCAGAUUUGAAAAAUGCAUCAAUAAAUUCAAACUGAACUUUUUGCUACUGAC